AACACAAAACCAUCGACAGCGACAGACACACAAAGAAUUGGAUCGUAGUUGAAAAAAAUCGGCAAUUCACUACACUUUUUUACCCGAAUCGCGUGAAAUUCCGCUGAUUGUCGCGAGUGUGAAGCAGAAAAACCCGUAAAAACACGCAAAAAUCAUGUGAAUGUGCGUGCGACAACUUUUUUUUUUUGCGAUGCAGACAUCUUUUGUGUUGUCUUCUUCUCAGGCAGCAGCAGUAGCAGCAGCAACAACGCAAAACACAAACAAGGAACGUCUCGUCGUGUGAAUCGUGCCCCGUUCGAGAAUGCAACUCAAUUUAAGUAAUCGUCGGAACACGCCAGCAGAAUAUCAUUAAGACGAGACGCUGUUUAUUUAUUUAUUCUUCUGUUUUUUUUUGUCUCGUUGUUCCUUUGUGCUCGAAAAAACGAACAAAAAUCGCAUCGGUGUGUUAAUUAACAGAGGAAAUCAAUCAAAGUGUGCAAAAAAAAAAAUUAAAGAAAGAAAAAAAUUUCAAGACUUGAUAAGUAUUAGAUAAGAAACAUAUAAACAUACAAAACACAAAAAAAAAAGUUUAAAGCCAAUCAAAGAAAAUAAUGCCGAGAAGUGCUUCGAUCAAUGAAAAACCUGACCUAUGCUCAAUUGAUUGGACCAUUGUGUCGGCUGCCAGAUAUGGCUCAGGUAGCAGCCAAGCAUCGCAAACAAGCGGCGAUAUUUGUCGCAUUUGCCAUUGCGAAAGUGAUAUCCACAAUCCGUUGCUAACGCCGUGCUACUGUUCGGGCAGCCUAAAGUACGUGCAUCAAACGUGCCUGCAACAAUGGCUAACAGCGAGCGAAACGAGCACUUGCGAGCUCUGCAAAUUCCCGUUCAUCAUGCAUUCGCGCAUCAAGCCGCUAAACGAGUGGAAAAGUCUCGAUAUGUCGGGCGUGGAACGUCGUCGACUCUUUUGUGCAAUCCUAUUUCAUGUCGCAGCAGCGCUUUGUGUCAUUUGGUCGCUUUGCGUGCUAAUCGAACGUGCCGCCGACGAAGUACGAAAAGGACAAAUUGGCUGGCCCUUUUGGACAAAACUUGUCGUCGUGACAGUCGGGUUGACGGGCGGCGUGGUUUUCAUGUAUAUACAGUGCAAGCAGUAUUUGAACCUUUGUAGUCGAUGGCGGGCAAGAAAUCGGAUCUUGCUGAUUCAAAAUGCGCCGGAAAAAGUGCCAAUUUCAAAUUCGCCGGGGCCCAUAAGGUAUCCGGGAGGUCCAAAUGCCACAGAUGCGAGUAGCAAUUCGGCGUCGAUGUAUCGCACAAUGGACUUUUAUGAUGGGGGCAUGCAUGGGCAUCCGGCGCAAGUGAUCGCCAAUAUCGAAAGUGAACGAGAAUGGAUCCUCGAUGAUGUCAGUCAAGUCUCGUUUAAGCCCUGCCGACAAGGUUCGGGGAGUUUGACGCCAUUUCACGACUCAAUUCACAACAUGUUCGAUCAGCAAACGAAUAAAAGUGCUUGUAGCGGAAGCACAACGUCAAAUAAGAUGUCGGCGAUUGUGAUGACACCCCCUUUGGAAGAUGCGACGCCCUCUUCGCUGCAGAUACGAUGCCUUGACUCGGCGGUUUUCAUGGAAAAUAACGACAUUUUGGGCGAUAAACGAGGCAGUGCGUUACUUUCGCCGUGCAUAAGUGACCAUCAUCUCGAAGACGAAGGCUCCGCACGAAAUACUCGACGUUUUUCCGACGCAUCGCCGCCCGUUUAUGACAUGACUGAUAUCUUGGGAGCGGAAAUUCCGCCGCCAUCGUCGCAAAACGCACAGAAAAUGUCUUCAGCUGGAGAUCAGACAACAAAUACCUCAACUUGCACCAACAAUAAUGACACCACGAGCAAUCAGCAGUACCGCUUCAAGCAGAAAUCCUUGGAGGAUGUGUUGGAACCAAAGCAGUCAGACCUCUUCAAGUCCAUGCCAAACCUCAUUUCGACAGACACUCCGGCAGAUACUUAAAAAAACGAGACAAGGUGACAUAAUUACAGAUAAUAAUUAAUAAUUUAUAAAAGUGUGACAUCAUUAGACAGUCCCACGUAAGAAGAAAUUUCUCUCUUUUAUGACAUUUAUUUACUCUUUCAUCGAUUAAUGACUACCUUAUUAAAUUAUCAUGACAACCAAACUCUCUUUCUCUUCUUACCCGAAGCUCCUUUGAAUUAUAAAUCAAUCAAUUUUCAAUCAAAAUGUUUUCCAUAGAGCCUAAUUUUAAUUUUUUCUUAUUCCCAUAAGUAACAAAAAAUUAUUUAUUCCGUUUUUUUUCU